AUGCCCAAAACUCUGGGAGAGACAAGCCAGCCGGCCAUCGUCGAUGACAUUGACGCUAUCACGCCGUGCCCCCUUACGCGAGGCAGCCAUAAAUCAGUCGAAGAAUCCGGAAUCAUGAACUCGAUCAAUAAGUUCCCAGAGUCAAGAUCUCCUUCGCCCUGCUCUGAGUGCUCAUCAGUGAGCGCAGAUGUAUCUAGAAGUAAAAGACGAGAGUCCUUAAAAGCUCUGGAAGCGGGCACAGAGGGCGAUCCUGAAAGACUAUGGGAACGAAUGCUUGUGCUCCAGCAGACAUACGGCUGUUACAAUUCAGCCAGGAUGAGCGCGGCUCUUAGUUCAGGGGAUGUCAGUUUGUUAUUGCCUUCCAAAGCAUGCUUAAACCUUCUCAACGAGAAUAUAUCUUUUCUGCCCAACGGAACGGGGGGUGCGCUUGGAGAGUGGGAGUUGAACACCGGGAGUGGGCAUAGUCAUUGA